UAAUACAUGUUGCCACUAAAAGCAUGCAGAUGCCAGAAUCGUGCCCAAGCUUGACGCGAGCAGUCUGUUAUUUGUUCAACAUUAUCCAUAACGGUGGGUGGACAUGUAUUUUCCCUUCCUUGUAUUAUAAGCAUUGGCAGCAGAAUAGGGCGACUUCCAUCAAUACUGACAACAUAAAGAUUAUCAUGGCCUUCCGCAGCUUGCUGGGUGCGAUUGCUGGGAUUAUCGCCAGUUCCUGUCUCGUCCACUGUGACAGAUGCUAUAUUGUUGGAAGCCCACUGAAUGCGCGGGAGUUUGUGUUGCACUAUGGUGGCUUUGAGCGAGUUCUCAUGUGUGAUGGCAAGGAAGUGUUUAACACAGACAGAUGUAACUGUCGACAAACCACUGAUGUUUGCGACAAGCGCCCUCUGAGCCGAGAUGGAACAAUCUUUCAGCAGUUGACUCAGGCAGGAGAAUGGGUGGACCUGAAAUGCCCACUUGGGCUUAUCUUCGUCAGAGAUCUGUGUAUUUGCGGCUUUAGUUCCAGCAUUCCCAGGGAUCAAAGAAACGUUGAGUGUUACAUGGAAGAGACGUCUAACCUGAAUGACUUCCGACUGGUGAUCAACAAACAGGAGAGCGUAAUGACAUGUCCAGACCAUCUGAUCUACAACCCUCAGGAAUGUGCAUGUGUCGCGCGACCGAAUCAUUGUGACAAGAGGAGAUAUGAUCGAACUGGGCACUUCUUUGAACAAAACACAUUUGGCUCUACAUGGGUGACAAUGAGAUGUGCUCAAGGGUCACUGUUUAACUCUGCUACUUGUAAAUGUGAUAUCCCAGCACAAAGGCGCUGAAGGGUUUGGAUUGAGAUGUGAUUUCAGUAACGUGUCAACAAUGUCAAACAACAAUGUCAUAGUAUAAUUUGUUGUCGGUUUUUGUACAUAGUAAAAUGAAUAAAUAUUUAACAAACACUCUGAAA